GAUGGCGGCGCCGGAGGGCCUGCUGAGCGCGGGGCUGAACUUGGAGGCCUUCGCGCAGGCCAUUGCGGCCACACAGGCGCUCCGCUCGAGCGUGACGCGGGUCUUCGACUGCCUGAAGGACGGGCGGCGGCGCAAGGAGGGCGCGGAGGGGCGGGCCGAGAGGGGCUUCGUCGCCUCCUUCCAGGACAGCCUGCUCGGACUCAGCCGGGACCUCAGUGAACUGGAACGUCUUAGCAACCUCGUAGGCAAACCAUCAGAGAACCAUCCUCUUCACAACAGCGGACUGCUGAGCUUAGACCCUGUCCAGGACAAGACCCCACUGUACAGUCAACUGCUUCAGGCCUAUAAAUGGUCCAAUAAGUUGCAAUACCAUGCAGGGCUGGCGUCUGGCCUUCUGAAUCAGCAGUCUCUGAAACGAUCGGCCAACCAGAUGGGGGUUUCAGCCAAGCGGAGGCCCAAGGCCCAGCCCACCACACUGGUCCUGCCACCACAGUACGUUGACGACGUGAUCAGCCGCAUUGAUCGAAUGUUUCCCGAAAUGUCCAUCCAUCUCUCCCGGCCGAAUGGGACUUCAGCAAUGUUGCUGGUGACCUUAGGCAAAGUGUUAAAGGUCAUUGUGGUGAUGCGCAGCCUCUUCAUCGACAGGACGAUCGUGAAGGGCUACCACGAGAACGUCUACACCGAAGACGGCAAGCUUGACAUAUGGUCCAAGUCCAACUACCAGGUGUUUCAGAAGGUCACGGACCACGCCACUACAGCUCUCCUGCACUACCAGUUGCCCCAGAUGCCAGACGUGGUGGUCAGGUCCUUCAUGACUUGGCUCCGGAGUUACAUCAAGCUGUUCCAGGCGCCCUGCCAGCGCUGUGGGAAGUUUCUCCAAGAUGGCCUGCCUCCCACCUGGAGAGACUUCCGCACCUUGGAGGCCUUCCAUGACACUUGCCGGCAGUAAAUGGAGGGAUUUCCCCCCCCCCCAAUAUGUGGGUAAAAUUGUGGGGGUCACGUUGUGUAAGGACCAUCCCGUGUGGAAGCUUCAACUAACAGGACCAUUCCGCAAUCCGGACAUUGACUUUCUGCCGCAAGGAGAGCCUUUUUGAGGGAAUUCACUCCAAGUAUUGACACUCUUUGGAAUCCUGGCCUCUUUUAUGAUGCUGAAUUCGACGUGGUCCCAUUGAACCGAAAGGAGAGCAUGAGGAGCAGAGAGGGGAAGGUCUGGAAAACAGUUUUUUUCCAGUCUUUCCCAGAUUUUUUUCUUUUUUUUCUUUUCAUCCCCCCCCCCUCCCCCAUUUUUCCCAUUUUUUAUUUUUUUGUUUUUUUCCAGGUCUUCCUGCUUCUAAUGGGGAAUAGAGAUGGGAAGGCCUGGAAAACAGGAUUUUUCCUAUUUUUUCCCAGUUAUUUCCCAGUCAUUCACCUCCCCAUUUUUUUUUCAGUUUUUUUUUUCCAAUUUCCCCCCGAUUUUUCCAGUUUUUUCCAAGGCCUUCCCUUGCCCUAAUGGGGAAUAAAGAUGUGAAGGCUUGGAAAAGUUUUUUUCGGAUUUUUUCCCUCA